AUUCAUCAUGCGAAAAAAAGACAAUAAUAAUCAUACAAUGAUUGUGAUCAAUAAAUUACGAUUAUUUUGGUUUUUUGCCAUCUUUUCAUCUAGUCAGUUAAUUAUUCCAUGUUUGGCCAGUGAUGAAUCAAAUUUCAAGAUUGAAUCAACUGGCUGGAUAAUUGCUGAUGCAUCAAAUAAUAAUUGGCCUAGUAAAAAUCUAAAAGAAACCGGUGAAUUUUAUGUUUACGAUAAAAUCUCUGAAAAUCGUGACACAUUAAAACUGAAUCAAGAAUCAUGGCCAUUAAAUGAAAAAAUUUCAAAUUAUUCCAUUUUAUUCACAUAUUGGAAACCAAAUAACGAUUUACGGUGGCAAGAUCAUGAUAAUUCAAAGAAAAAAUGUAUAUUAUUAUCAAAUAAUACAGAAAAAUUCAUUGAAACAAAAUGGGAAAGAUUAUCACAUGAUCAAUGGAAAAAUAUUGAACUAAUUGCAUUGGAUACAGAUGCAAGAAUAUUUUUCAAAAAUAUCGAUGUUGUGUAUAGAGAAAAAAUUGAUUUAUCAAAACAUCAAAAUCCGACUGAUGAUUUCAAAGAAUUACUUGAUGGAUUCAAUAAAAUUUCUGAUAAUCAGUUUGAAUAUAAUGAAACAUACGAUCAUACUGCAACAUUACAAUAUUUGAUUUCCAAUUCGGAUGAUUUUGGCAAGACAUGCAUCGAAAUAAAACAGGAACCAAAGCAAGAAUUAUUAAAAAAAAACUUCCUGAAUAUCAGUGUUACAUUUGAAAAGGAAAUCAAUGCCAUUGAACUUCCUCUUAUUUCUCUUUCAAAAUUUUGUUUGGGAAAUUAUUUUGCAUUGAAUGCAAACGGUAGAACUAUGAUCACUAUCAAUGUUGAACCCGGUGAAACAAAAUUUAUUGUAACAUUUACUAAGGAUGGCAAUCAAGAUGUCAAACCGAUUGAACCGAAAAACGCAAUCGAUAAUAAUAAAUGGAUAUACAAUCACCCAUUGUUUGAUUAUAGCAUAAUGCUGGGAAAAAAAGCCGAUGAAAAUACCGAAAUCUAUGCCUGUGAUGUAAUGGCAAAUUGUUUUAAAUAUGUCACCAAUGAUAAUCUAUUUUAUGAGCUAGAAUCAUUCAGUCAAAAUGCAUUGAGUAAAUCACCAAUCAUCAAAAGGUAUUCUACCAAUUCGAAGCUUCAAUUUGAAGAUAAAUCAAAAAUAUUGUCAAUAGAAGAAAAAGUUUUUGAACAAAUCAAAAGAAGAAUGAAACCUAAUGAAAAAGUAAAAUUUGAUGAUAAAACUAAGACAAUUUCUGGAGUAAAUGAUACACUCACAAUUCCAUACAUUGAUCUUCGUGCAUAUCCUUCUGUUUCACUAUCAGCUGCAGGAUCGGAUGAGAUUCUUGUUAAAAGUGUUUCAAUUCAUAACGGUGAAAACACUGUCUCGACAAUUGAAUUCAACGAUGUAAAUUUAUCGGUGAUGAAAAAAUUUUUCAAUUUUUUCUAUGCACGAUUAUCGGAUUUAUUUGAAAAUUAUUGGCUAGAAUUCAAUUUCCAACCAACUUCUAAAUCCAAGAACUUGAAAUUAAAAUUAGAAUCAUCAGCAGCAGCAUUAGAUACAAUAGCAGAAGAUGAAAACCAAGAUCGUGUUUUGGGAUUCUACGAUUGGGAAAAAGUACCGUACGAAACGCAAGAAAGAAACUUGUCUUUUCAAAUUAAAUCAUCUUCAAUGAAUUGUACUGAAUCUUUCGAUGUUCCAAUUCAAGUUAUUUUUUAUGAUGGUAAAAUUUUCAAACAAAAAGUCAAUUUCAAAAAAGAAAAAAAUGCCUGCAAUUAUAAAGGUGAUAUGAAUAAUAUACAAAUCAAUGGACCAUUCAACAUUUUCUACGAUUUUAAAAAUCCGACUAAUGAUAAUAAGGAAGCUGAAUUUUCAAUGGAAAUUAGCAAAUUGGAUAGAAAAGAAACAAAACCAACAAGUCCAACAUAUCAUUGGUUUGAUGGAAAAUUUGAUAAUUUGAAUUAUUGUCCCGUAAAUUUUGAAUUCGAUCAAAGUGUCAAGAGAUGUAUGUUAAAAACUAUUUAUCGUAAUGUACAUGUCAAUUGUAAUUCAACAAUGGGAUGUUUAAACAUUUUGGAUCGAAAAUUAUUGCAUAUUAAUUUAUAUGGAGAUGGAAAAAUAUUCGAUGAUUUUGAAGUGAAAACAUUAUAUUUUCCAAGCAUAAACAAAAGAGCCGUAAAAAUCCGAUUGAAAUCAAAAGAAUUGAUGAUCAAAAUAAUUUUUGCAUUUCACUCAUAUAUUUUGGCAACGGCAGUCGAUUUUUAUCAGCCAUGACCGGUCAACGGCAUUAUAUUCACCAUUAUCGUUCAAUUCAAAAAUUUCAGAUGAUGAUCUUUUUAAUUCAU